GUCAUCGCCCUGUUACGACGUGACCCGAGAGGUUCGUUAGUUAGAAGUCUGCGUCUCUCCCGGCAUAGAACCACUCCAUAUCUAGACUACCAAAGAACCAAUAAUCUAACCUCAAUUGAGUGUAUUUGAAAAUAUUACAAGCUUUGACUUACUUGUUGGCACCAGUGGCAUUUCACAACAACUCCUGAAGACGACGGCUUUGAGGAGGACGAUUCGUAAAACACCCGGCGCCAUCAGCCGGUGUAUCCUGAAUAUAAAAACGAGCGCUGCUCAAGUAACGCGGGAAACGCUCUUGUGUUAGUUCAGUGUUUUCCAAGGAGGAGCAGCCGUUACUACAGAUACUUACGCAUUUCGUAGUUAUCAAAGAUAAUAAAUGACUUGGCCCAACAGUUUUACGUUUUUGCCCUGAUUCGAGAAACUGAAAAACGUCCUCAAAAGGACGCACCCGCCGUGGUCCAUCCGGCCCGUUUGAACCCAGAGUGAAUUAAGUUGUAUGUCGGUCUGUGUAGCUGCAGUUAGCUCACACACAAAGAGGAGAGUCCAGCUAACUAGCCAAACUACCAACACAGACCUCCUGCUCUAUCGAUUUUUGGGGGAAUAUGGAUACGUUUCAGAAGGUGGAGAAGAUAGGCGAAGGGACGUACGGAGUGGUUUACAAAGCGAAGAACAAAGUCACCGGAGAAACUGUUGCUCUCAAGAAAAUCCGUCUAGACACGGAAACGGAGGGUGUUCCUAGCACUGCCAUCAGGGAGAUUUCCCUUCUCAAAGAACUCAGUCAUCCAAAUAUUGUCAAAUUGCGUGAUGUCAUCCACACCGAGAACAAGCUCUACCUUGUUUUUGAGUUUCUUCAUCAGGAUCUGAAAAAGUUCAUGGACUCUUUCACAGUUGCUGGUAUCCCACUGCCUCUUGUUAAGAGUUAUCUUUUCCAGCUGCUUCAAGGCCUGGCCUUCUGCCACUCUCACAGGGUUCUUCAUCGAGACCUGAAGCCCCAGAACCUCCUCAUCAACGCCCAGGGGGAGAUCAAGCUCGCUGACUUCGGCCUGGCUCGAGCCUUCGGUGUGCCCGUCCGCACGUACACGCAUGAGGUGGUGACACUUUGGUACAGAGCACCCGAAAUCCUCCUGGGUUGUAAAUACUACUCCACAGCUGUCGACAUCUGGAGUCUCGGGUGCAUCUUUGCUGAAAUGCUCACCAAGAGGGCCCUAUUCCCCGGGGACUCGGAAAUCGAUCAGUUAUUCCGAAUCUUCCGAACCUUGGGGACACCUGACGAGACAGUGUGGCCAGGAGUCACAUCAAUGCCCGACUACAAACCAUCUUUCCCCAAGUGGGCGCGGCAGGAUUUAUCCAAAGUGGUGCCAAUUCUUGAUGAGGAUGGAAGAGAACUGCUUGGAGAAAUGCUGAAUUAUGACCCAAACAAAAGGUUAUCUGCCAAAAACGCCCUUGUACAUCGAUACUUCCGAGACGUCACCAUGCCAAUUCCUCAUCUGAGACUCUGAGUCGAGCUGAUCAUCGGUCCGUUUUAAUGCCAACAAUGUUGAAGCAAUAAGGACGCUCUCGCCACACCUUAUGACCACGACUGGAAUGGACAGAAUAAGUGGGCCCUUCAGGAUACAUUGGAUCUUUGACUGCAUAGUUAAUGAUACCUAAAACCAGCUUUCUAGCCCUACAGACGUCCCGAGAGUUUUGCUGUUUCUUCAGCAGUGAUGUUGUAAUAGUUAUGAAUGUUUAACUGUAAUUUCAACAUCAUUACAUUGCAGAUAUUUCUGUGCAAACUGCCAUCUUUGAUGUAAUUGUACAUGUUUGUGAUUGGGAUGCUGCUCUGACCAAGUUGGAGCGCAGGUCAGAUUGACUCAAUAUUUGUCCACUAUUUUAUUUCCCUGUUUAAAUAAUAUGUUUGUUUUGAGAAGUCCAAAUUCAAGUAGUCAAGUAGUUCCACUCAAACAUAAUUGAUUAAGUUUGUGGGAUAGUGCAAAUAACCAAUGUCAUGCUUUGUUAAGCUGAGCAGCAGCUGAUGUGACUUACAGUCGUCAUACAACCGUUUUUGUGCUAAAAAAACAUUCAACCACAAUCCAGUUCUUUUGGGUUGAUUUUCUGGGGUUUAAAUUCUUUACAGUUACCUCCCAAAUAGCCUGAAAUUAAUUCAUAACAGCACCUUUGGUUCUUUAACACACAAAAAUGUUUAUCGGUCCUUGAGGUUUGCUGGCAGAAUUUCUCAGCAAACUGAGUUGUCAGCGUUGUACAUACAGUACAUAAACUAUACUGUUGCAUCUUUCUUACUCUAGAUUUUAUUCAAAUGUAAUGAACCUUUUUUAUGGAUGUUGUUUAUUUACAGUUUGCUAAAAUAAACUUGCGUAAAC